CACACACACACAAGUCUCAUCCACAGCCCCUUAAAUACCCCACCUCUUCCUUUAUCCAUCUCUGCAUCCACUCUCCCUCUCUCUCUCUCCUCACUGCCUGCAUUGCCAAAUUUACUCAUAUCCAUCUCUGCAUUUUGUUUCCAAAACAAACGAUGGGCUACGACAGGCUCGGAUCGAACGAGGCUGGGUCCUCGCGACACGAACCACCCCUGAACCUCCAUGACGAUGCCACGUCAAGAUCAACGUCAUCUCCAACUCCCAGGCUGAAGAAGCUCCUUUUGCUCUUCUCACUCAUCUUCCUUGUCGCUUCAGCUGUCUCCGUGGCAGUCCGCUUCGGACUCCGAACCUCAGCCUCGGACGAAUCCAAUGCCCCAAUCCGCAGCAAGCCCACAAUAGCCAUAUCCCGAACCUGCAGCAAGACUCGUUACCCGACUCUCUGUGUCGACUCACUACUCGGGUUUCCCGGCGCAGUCACAGCUGGCGAGCGUGAUUUGGUCCACAUUUCAGUCAACGUGACCCUCCACCGCUUCGGAAAAGCUCUUUACCUCUCGUCGGAGAUAAGCAACGUUGCCAUGAACCCCCACGUGAGAUCUGCUUACUUGGACUGCAUCGAGCUCCUGGACGACUCGGUCGACCAGCUGGCGCGCUCGCUCACCACCCCGGAGUCGACUCAGGACGUGCUGACGUGGCUCAGUGCCGCGCUGACUAACCAGGACACGUGUACGGAGGGAUUGGCGGAUGUGAGGGGGUACGUAAAGUACAAGAUGGAGCAGCAGCUAAGGGACUUGGCGAAGCUAGUGAGCAACUGUCUGGCGAUUUACGCGGCCGCCGGCGGUAACAGGGAUUUCUACGGGAUUCCGAUCCAGAACCGCCGUCGGAGGAUGUUGGAGGCGCCGGAGCAUGCCCACCGUUUCCCCAAGUGGCUGAACCGGAGGGACAGAGUGUUGCUUAAUAUGCCGGUGGCGGCGAUACAGGCGGAUAUUGUGGUGGCCAAGGACGGUAACGGCACGUAUAAGACGAUUGCGGAGGCGAUUAAGAGUGUGCCUGACUACAACACUCGACGAACCAUUAUUUACGUCAAAGCGGGAAGGUACGAAGAGGAUUAUCUGAAGGUGGGGAGGAAGAAGACCAACUUAAUGUUUAUAGGAGACGGGAAGGGCAUAACGAUCAUUUCCGGAGGAAAAAGCGUUGCUGACAACAUAACAACAUUCCGCACCGCAUCAUUCGCUGCUUCUGGCAGUGGCUUCAUCGCUCGGGACAUGACAUUUGAGAACUGGGCCGGGCCCAGCAAGCACCAAGCGGUUGCCCUCCGUGUUGGUGCGGACCACGCCGUGGUCUACCGCUGCAACAUCAUUGGAUACCAAGACACGCUCUACGUCCACUCGCAGCGCCAGUUCUUUCGCGAAUGCGACAUUUACGGGACAGUGGACUUCAUCUUUGGAAACGCGGCAGUGGUAUUCCAAAACUGCAGCAUUUUCGCCCGAAAGCCCAUGGCUUUUCAGAAGAACACCAUCACUGCCCAAAACCGGAAAGACCCUAAUCAAAACACGGGUAUAUCAAUCCAUGCGUGCAGAAUCCUGGCCACAUCGGAUCUCGAGGCAUCGAAAGGGAUCUUUUCGACGUACCUUGGCCGCCCGUGGAAACUCUACUCCCGCACAGUGUUCUUAUUAUCGUAUAUAGGGGAUCAUGUCCACCCUCGAGGGUGGCUAGAGUGGAAUGCAACGUUCGCACUUGACACGUUGUACUACGGCGAGUACAUGAAUUAUGGACCGGGGUCUGCUGUGGGCCAACGGGUCAAGUGGCCCGGAUAUCGGGUAAUCAAUUCUACGGUUGAGGCCAGCAAGUUCACAGUGGCGCAAUUUAUUUUCGGGUCAUCGUGGUUGCCAUCAACCGGGGUGGCAUAUUUAGCAGGAUUAUCGGUUUAGAAUUUGGGUUGGGAAUGUCCGUAAACUGUUUUGGAUUGUCUCAAAAUGAACGAGGCAUGUAGUCUCCCUCGCUCAUUUUUGGACUGUCUGCACAAGUUUACCGGAGAGAAUUCCUUUUUCUUUAAAUUAGCUACAACAUGUCAUAUAUGUAUAGGGGUUAGAGACGAUCCAAAGCCCACAUAAUAUAUAGGCUGGGGCAUUCUGUUUUUUAUUUUGUUUCGAUUGAAUAAUCAGCAAAUGCAAUUUGUAUUGUUCCUGUAAAAGCAUAUGGGAUGUCAUAUUCUGUCAUUACUAGAAAAAGCGUAGAGUCGGUGACAAUGAUAAAAGGGCAAUAAUGUAAUUUUCCAAGGUAAUUGACUUGUUGUCAUUUAUGUCU